UGCUGGUGACGGAUCCUCCACCUGGGCAGUCACAGCUUGGCUUCACCUCUUUUCUGUUACGUUUUGCUCGAAACAGGUCGUCUUUUUUGAACUGUCUGCACCAACUUUGGUUAUAAAUAUCAGCCUUGAGACACAUUUAGCGGAAAGAGUUGUCCUCUUUGGAGAAUGUCAGAUUUCGACAGCAACCCCUUCGCGGACCCGGAGUUCAGCAACCCGUUUCAGGAUCCAUCAGUGACACAAGUGAGACAGGCGGCUCCUCCAGGGUUAGAGGAGUACAAUCCCUUUGCAGAUGCCAAAUCAACACCUGCAGGUAUGGCCCCCAAGACUACGGGCCCCGCUGUCAGCACUCAACCAGCCAUCAUGAAACCCACAGAGGAACCCCCGGCCUACUCGCAGCCUCAAGCACAGGAGCAGUCGCGAGCAGCUGCUGAACUGCUAAGGAGACAGGAAGAGCUGGAAAAGAAGGCUGCAGAGCUGGACCGCCGUGAGAGAGAGAUGCAGUCACUCAGCACAUCAGGGGGCAAGAAAAACAACUGGCCUCCACUCCCAGAGAAGUUCCCUGUGGCUCCGUGUUUCUACCACGAUAUUACUGUAGACAUUCCUGUAGAGUUUCAGAAGACAGUCAAAAUCAUGUACUACCUCUGGAUGUUUCACACUGGGACUCUGCUUGCAAACCUGAUCGCCUGCCUCUCCUGGUUUAUUGCGGAUACAGGCCGAGGGGUGGACUUCGGCUUGUCGAUCCUCUGGCUUCUGCUCUUCACACCAUGUUCUUUUGUCUGUUGGUAUAGACCGCUUUAUGCAGCUUUCAGGAGCGACAGCUCAUUCAGGUUUUUUGUUUUCUUCUUCGUUUACGUCUGUCAGAUUGGAAUCUAUGUCAUCCAGGCUAUUGGCAUCGCUGGCUGGGGAGCCAGCGGGUGGAUCUCCGCUUUGAUUGGCUUGAAUAAAAGUAUCCCAGUGGGCAUCAUAAUGAUCCUCGUUGCUGCUCUUUUUACCUCACUGGCUGUCCUGUCUCUCAUCAUGUUCAAAAAGGUCCAUGGGAUGUACCGCACCACCGGUGCCAGCUUCGAGAAAGCCCAGCAGGAGUUUGCCACAGGCGUCAUGUCCAACAAGACGGUACAAACAGCUGCCGCUAACGCCGCUUCCAGUGCUGCACAAGGAGCCUUCAAGGAGGAGAUCUGAUUGGACCAGAGAGCUCGCUCGUCCGCCCAUCACCUCCCCUCCUCUGUACCCAGCUUCUACUUACAGCUGCCCUGUUUGAACACGUUAACGCCUCCAUCUUUCUGACAAUACUGAAGGGGUUUGUGUGGGGGCGCUACAUUUAGCUACAAUAUGUAGCCUCUCAACUUUCAAACAGGCUCUCCUGACCUAGCCUACUUGCUCCUGCAACAUCGUGCGCUCUGGGAGUCCUCACCUGUGCUGCAUUUAACCAGAGUGCUCAACUUUAUUGUGUCUGUGUGGUUUUCUGGGUUUGUGUGCAUGUAUGGCCAACUAAAUGAAGGUUUGUGUGCCUUUUUUUUUUUUUUAUGUCGUUGCUGCCCCGAGCCCUGUCCAUCUGCUGCAGGCAGAUUCUAAUGUAGCUCAACCACCUGAAGUUACCUGGGCAUUUCUCUCCAUGAACCAGUGCUUGCUUUCUGUGCGUCUAUCAACCUAAUCACCACUUCCUACCUUUCAGUUAAUUUAUUAUCAGGCAAACUGAAGUCAUCUUCGAGUUAAUGCAGCAUUAUUUGAUCUGCUUUGGUGCUUUCUUUGUGAGCGCAUAGCUUAAUACUGCUGACCCCCGGUGGAGUAACUUUAUUCUGCUGAAGAUGAAUGCUGUGCAUUCCAGUCCACUGCUUUGCCUUCUACUUUGUUUGCUUUACUCAGAAUUGGGUUUUAGAAAGUAUGUAGCCUUAACUUCCUUAAAGUGGUACCUCACCCCAAAUCUUACCUGUUCAAGUAUCAAACACUCACAGUGGAGACUGCAGAGUUGCAGAACGAAGAUAUUUAUAUUAUUAAUCUUUCCCCUCCCACAGACAAUGAAAUAUUACAAUAACACACAAAAGAGAAAAUGAAACCUUCACAUUGAGGCGAACAGCACCCUCUGGCGCUGAAAGACAGCGACGCAGAAGUGCCAAAAAGUGCUGCUCCUGGAGCGGCUGGCUUCAAAAGCAAGUCAGUCCCCAUAGACACCCAUGUUAAUGCCCAACUGGAGAAAUUAGAUUAAUAUGUUCAUAGGGUGACACGAGAAAUGGUUUGAGCCUCUGCAACCUGAUUAUUUUCAUAACGCAUUUAUCUGGAUACUGUAAAGGUUUAAAGAGCUGUAGAGGCGUCACCCUCAUCUCUACUAAUACAAGUCAUUGAACCCUCUUGACUGAGUCGGUGCCUUUUUAAAACACUUUUAAUGGCAUUAUGUUAAAAAUGAUGCAGCUUUGCUGUGUAGUACAGAAUGUCCAAGAGGUUUGUGCUUCAGUUUUGGUGAAUGAAGUUCGUAUCAGCUAUCUGUGUGUCUGCAUCGCACCUGCAGUUUGCUGCUUCACUCUCUCAUCCAAAUAUGGUCACUUCUGGUUCCACAAAUCCAACUUGGCUGCUGCCAAGGUGCAAAAAAAUGAGUUCGCAAAGCAGCGGGUGACAUCACGGUGUCUGUGUCGAUCGUUUGUAGCCUUUUAUAGUCUGCACUGUAACCACGGGGAUAGACAGAAGUGGAUUAUGGUGCCAAAGAUUGAUGUCAGGUGUUUGUAUCAUAUUCUCCACUGUAGAAACUAUUCUGCCAUCUAUUUUUGACAAACUGUAAUCCUAAGCAGGUAAAAGUUGUGAUUCUUGAUCUGCAAAACCACAAUCCGUAAGCAAUGUUUGAUAUUCAAAAACUGGACAUUUUGAGUGGAGUAUCACUUUAAAGGUAAUUCUCAAGUAUUUAUUUGCUUGAAAUCCUUUGGUUGUCUUGAUUUGCAUAUCUCACCAAGCUGCACUUUAAAUCUGGACUUCAGAUUUUUUGAUGGUUGCAUUUGGUACAGAUAUUUCUAAUAGUGCCCUCAGGCCUUCCUGCUCAGUAGGUUAGAUGCUUAACUUGCUUUUUUUUUUUUUUUUCUCCAUUGGUUUAGCUGAGUCAGCUUGGUUUUCACCUGAAGCCUACCUUUUUGUGUCCUUUCCUCAAGAAGAGAGCCACUACCCUGUAUAUACAGCCGCAUGAUUGAUCAGUGAGGAAAGUGUAACUCGUCUCUAGCUUCCCUUCAGUGCUGGAGAUUUACCUCAGCUUUACUCAGGAUGCUCUCCGCUUGCAUGACGAGGUCAAACUUUAUACAAGAUUGUACAAAAUACGACACAGGCUGGCCUCUGGUUUUAAAUAUGUCUUGUAAAUCAGUGUAUCACAAUAAAAAUGACUCAAAUUUGACAAAAGUGGCCAGUAUGUUCUGACAUUUGCCUGCAUAUUCUUAAUUUCACUGAACUCCAUCAACACUACAAUCAGGCCUGUUCUUACUUUCAUUUGUGUGAUCAAAUUUAACAUUGUUACAAUUUCACCUGCUAAAAUAUCUGUGAAUCUGUCUUAUAUAUUAUUUAAGCUCCAAAGCACUUUCCAUGUUUUUGCGUUGUGUGUGUGUGUUGUGUAGAUAGAGGGAGUCUUAAUCUGUGUGCAGGACAGUCUGGCUGUGGGUUCCCUCUUGCCUUUUCUAAGUUUCUUGAAUGGGGUUUGUUUGUUUUCUCCCCCACACACGGGCUUAAUUUGGACCAGUGCAGUUGGACGCUGAGCAGCAUGAGGUUAUUAUUCAGACUGAAUUACACGUACAGAAUUAAGUUUUGACAUAAACAUGAUCAAACUGCAGUGCAAUGUGACCUGUGCAUUGUACUGUAGACCAACUGUGGCUUCAAGCUGUGCUUUAUAAUCAUGAUUUGUGGUAGAAACACUGAAGAUUAAGAUGUUAAUCUGCAUCUCUUAAAAAAUAUAUGUAUAUAUAAUAUUUUUGAGAUGAAAUAUGAAGGGAUGUUUGUAUGUUUUUAUGGUUUACAAAUGGUAGACUAUUUGCUCUAAAUGUUGGUGUAAUUUUAAGAUGGUUUCACCUACAAUUG